AUGGACGCUGCCGACUCUGGGACUCAAACAGACAUACCUGAUGGACCAAUGACGAAUCGGGGCCUAGAUGCAGCAACAUUACGAACUAGCUUCUCAGCCUUCCCUGCUACUGUAUCUCCAACCUACAUCCCUAACCUUGCAAGCCAAAAUAUCUAUACUGAUUCCAGCAAUCAUCAAAUCCCAUUAAGCGCCGAACGACGGCCAGAAUCCGUCUAUGGACCCUCCCUAGGAAACUUAAAGAUUCGCGCUGCCAUUGAUAUGGCAGUUGAGCUGUUACUGGACUUUAUCCCGCGGAAGAUCUACUUAUAUCUGCUCCUGCGUCUCCCCGCAGUGUAUUUCUCCAGGGUGGCGGCGAUUUUUGAAGAAUCCGCACUGACACUUCCUGAAAUCAAACAAAUGACACUUCAGUCAAGCUUUGGCAAUCAAGGCUUACAGCAAGCUCCACAAUUUCAGGCUUUCAACAUUUCUCAUCGCUUCGAAAAAUUAGACUACACUUGGAAUUCCUUUGUGGACAGUCUCCUAAGAGAUUGGAACACCUACAACAUUGUCUCGGCGCUUAUUCUAUCUGCCAUCCUCACGAUUCUCCAAAUCGAUACAGCGGCAAAGGACCCUCUUAUUCGGUACACCCUUCUCUUCUCGCAGGUCUGUGCCAUCACAAGUCUCCUUCUUGGGUGCUUGUAUAGUAUCAGAUUUGAUAGCAGCAUGAGAAAAACAUACAAGGCAGCUGAAUGGGCCGAUGAGGCUCAAAAAUUCAAAAUUAAUAUCUGGUGGAAUAUAUGGGUUCUUCUUGCCAUGCCUGCGAUUUGGCUCGCCUGGUCAACCAUUUUCUACAUCGUUGCCAUCAUGGCAUUUGUCUGGCGAACGGAUACCUCAGGCACUUCAACACCGGCACCCCUUUCUCCCCACGCCCUUCUUCUUGUACGAAUCCUGAUUACCCUGGUAUUAACCCUUGGUUUUAUCAGUGGCUGGCUAAGUCUAAUGACCUUCAGACGCUAUGGUCAUACUAUGGAUCGGGCGUGGAGAAAUCGAGUGAGUUCAUUGGCGUACAGCAGAAACCAAUUACAUACCGGCACUCGGUUUGGUAACACAACGUCGGAAAUUAAUGACCUCCAGUUGCCUCAAUCACUCCAACGGGGAAAUAACAACGACCACGAAGAUCCAAAUCAUAGGAUUAUUUCACAUCCACCCGCCAACCGCCCGCCAAAUCUCCAACAUCCCUCCGUUCCAGCAGACGAAGGAGACAGGCGUUACUCUAAUUCUCAGUCACAUCUUGCUGACGUUGUUGUCGGCGUCACGUAG